UGCAGGGCUGCCUUCUUUUGCAGCGGAGAGCAAUGGAAUGGACGCUAACGGUCAGCUAGCAUUGGUGGAGGCACCUCAACAGAAACCAUGGGAGAAACCGCUGACCAUUCCAGAGAUCAGGAAGAGUAGCCAGAACUGGUCACUUGCAUCAGAUGCAGGACUUCUCCUGUACCUGCAGGAGUUCUCCAAGAACAUGAUGGGAAAGACAAGCGACCUUGAGAAGAGGAUGGAAAGCCUGGUCCACGACGCCAAGAGCGCCGAUUCCAGGGUGCACAACACCUUCAACGACUUCCUCAUGCUUGCCAAUACACAGUUCAUUGAAAACAGAGUGUACGAUGAUUCAGAAGAUGUAGACGGAGGCUCACAAUCAGAAAAAGAUAAGAAAGAACAGUCCACCAAGUCGAGAGAACAGAGGGAAGCAGAGGUCAUUCCGCGUGUCAUCAAGGCAUUGACGCUAGGUAUCAAUGUCCUGGACACCGGCUUUGAGCACUUGGACGCUAACGCCGGAAACUCGGAUUCCGAAGAUGAAGACCCAACCUACAAGGCUGUCGAUCCUAUACUUGAGGCCAAGGUAUUUAUCUUUCAAUAUUUACCGUUAACCCUUUGGAGACUGCAGUCUAUGGAAGAAAUGUGUUAUAGCAAAGGUAUUUAGUCUCAAAUGGAUUAAAAUUACAGCUGACAAAAUACUAAUUUUGCAUCAUAAUCAAUUUUAAAUCUUUGUACUUUUUAGUGCUUUCAUGUUGUGGCCUGAAAUCACCCAACACCUUGUCACAGGUUCUAGGUAGCGUUUCGUGAACGGAUUUGUCAGUGUGGGACGUUUUAUCCCACAUGUCCUGUUUGAUCCGACAGUCACCGUAGGACCUGUGUUUCUCAGCCAUUCAAAAUCAAGGAAAGUUGUCAGAUCUGGUGCCCAUUGCAGAAAGAGUUGCAAUCAAACGCAACUCAAAAAAUCUUGCGCAACUUGAUUUUCAGCCAAUGAAGCACCCGUAUUCGGGACUUGCGCUUGAUAUUUUGACUUAUGUUAAAUGCAACUCUUUCUGCAACGGGCCCCUGACAACUUGUCAGACUAAAAGUGUUGAUGAAAUGCUCCCCAGGGGGAUGAAGGCUACAGUCAAUUUUAUCAUUUUUUUUGUCAUUGGGGAAAUUAGUGCUGGCUGUUAGGGUGUAAUAUUGCUGGUCAGAAAUCUUAAGAGGCGGUCAGCGAUGAUCAGCAUCGACCACUGUUGUGACAGCACUGGUACUCCUUGUUAAUGCCUUUGAAUGCUAAUGCCAAAAGUGAUAUCUUGCAGGCUAAAGAUGUCAUAGAUGGCUUGAAGACAACUUCGAGAGAAGAUUUAAGAGAAUAGGGUUGAGUACGUUGGCUAGAUAUUUUUGGCACCAACUGGUUCAUGAUGUACAUGUAGCUCUUGGUUGGCGCCAAAUGCUACUUGACUCCCGUAUUCCCCUGGUUUCCUGUAUUCACCAAGUCUGCCUAUUGUCUUGGUCAAGAUUCUACUUUUGGCCUCAUAUCAGUUGUUUUUCAAGAUUUUCUACUUUGUUUGUGUUGGUCGAUCCUUGUUCAAAUUGGCAUCUCAGAUUCAGAAGAUGAAUGCCCAACUUAAAAGGUCGAUGAUCCUCUCCUUGACUUGUCCUGUUUAAACAGCUUUCCAAUUACCAAAAUAUAUAAUGUUGGAGUUUGGAGUGCUAGCGCACUAUUAGAACAGGAGAGACAAGUACACUAACUAUUUCUAGCAAGAACAAAGCAAAGAGCAAGAUUAUGAAAACCACUGUAUUGUGAGGGCAACCUGAGUAUGAUGCUGAGCUAAAUAAGAAAUACACAUUGUUUUUGUGCAUAAAAGUAUUACUGGUUAAUAGUGCUAUGGAGUGGUUUGAUUAAGAUGUGAAAGCAUUGGCAAAUGGAAAAUACAGUUGAGAAUAGUAUUUUUCACAUUCAUGAGAUACAAUAUAAGAAACACAUAUGUGCCAUGGAAGAUUUUCAAAAUGAUAUAAUAUGCUUUAUAUGAUCCCCUUUGCCUCAAAUACUCAGCUGAAUGCUAUUUCCUGCUAUACAUUCAUACAAGGCCUCCCUUAACACCCACUUCACAACGCUCUAUUCAUAAUUUUCUGUUUGGACAAGAAUUGAUAGAGAUCAUAAAAAUGUCCAAGUCAGCAUAGUGUCUCACGAAGUAGCUUGUCAUUGAUUUUCGCUGGCAAAUCUGCUCUGAGCCAAUCAGAUGCGAGGAUUUCAGUAGCUUAUAACAAAUGAAAAAUUGUUUGAGGAAGUGUUCCCCAGAUGCAAAUGUCAUGCACUGGAGCCUGUUUGUUCCUUUUGAUAAAAUCUGUGAUUUAUCAAUAUGCCCGUACUGAAACCAGCUGGUUCAUGAAUGUGCUUUGAAUAAUAGACUAAUCAUUCAAUACAGUUAUUUUUGAAAUUCAAGCAAUUUUCUGUCCCAGAUUGCAAAAUGGGAAGGGGAGGGGGUACAUUUAUCCAGUAAGGUUCAGAAAAUUAUACCAAUUCAGGAUGUAAGAUCUACAUUCCAGCACAAACUUGAAAACUGUUCAUGUAUGGAUUUAUAAUCUAUUAGUGUCAACACAACUUCCGUUGGAUCUUUGAUGAUUACAUAUUUAUUGACAAUAACUGAAUUCUAAGGACAUUGCUAAUAUUGUUAAACACAUGAUCAAAUACCAAAAGUAGGUAAUAAAACUCCCAGUAAAAUUUUAUUCGUAGAUAGUUUUUGAAAUCAUAUAGGGGAGGGGGUUAAAUAUUAGAAUCAUUUGGUAUUUCUCUUGCUGUAUUUGGAUUUUUUGGAGUAAAAUUCUAAAAGAUACAUUUGAAAAGAGCUUUUUUUACAUACUAAAAGUGAUGUUUAAUAAAAGACUGCAUGAAAAUUUGUGUCUUGCACUUUAAUAUCGAAAGCAAAUGUUUAUAGCUUCAUUUUUCCUUAUUUUUACUUUGUCUUUUCAUUCUCAAGAUUGCUUUUGAUAUAAAAGAUAGCAAGUCCCAAAAAUUCUGAUUAUUGCUGUACUCAGCCGUAUUUUGAAGAAACAUUUGUAUGGGCAUCUUCUCUUGUUAUUGUUCAGUAUCUGACUGGAAAGCAGAAUAAGUAUCUCAUUUCCUCAUCUCAGCCGAGGAAAAAUCUCUACUCCAAUAUUAAUUUCCUCCUAGAUUGUUUAGGAUAAGAUCAGCAGCAGUCACAGCUUUCACUCUUUCUCUCCUUGACCUUAACCCUUUGAACAAAAGUCGAUAUCACUCUAGUACAUAUUUCCCAUAGACCAUUGCCCAGUUAUUGUGGGCGUAGGGCUUAAUGGGUUAAUAAAUCUAUGUUCAGUUUUGCUUAUAAAUCUACUAAAAAUGGGGAAAUGUGUGUCGGGGUGCAGCUGUAUACAAAAUUCAUAUUCCUCCACAGUGUCUGGAGUUUCAAGACAUGAGGAUAGUUAUAUUUAAGGGAAAAAUAGAGAAUAUUCAAUUUCUUCCUCUUCUACCGAUGUUCAAUCUUCUUUUUGUUCUUUUGAUGUCAUGAAAGAUGAAUUACAAUCUCAAGUUAGUGCCUGAAUUUUCUGUAAAUGAUAUUGUCAUGUUACACAUAUAUGUAGCCUAUUUGAGCAAUCUAAGACUUUAUUUUAAUAAUGAUAAUGAAGUUAUGUGUAUAUAGUACAUUUCAGACCUGCAAGGACUGUCAAUGCACUUUACAGAAAUUGAAGAUCAACUCCACCCCAGUGAGAAGCUAAAUG